AAUAAAUAAAUAAAAAUGGGGAGAAGACUGUGAGGAGGAAAAGCAGCCAUGGCUGAUGGACGCAGACCAGCUGAACGUUGCCUCUCUGCAGCCAUGUGAUGCGCCUCCUCCUCAUGCUGACCUCCUCCAGCCGCCCUGUUCCAACCAUGACAGGAUGUGAAAGGUGUCCGACCCCCGUGCGCUCAUACUGGCGCUGCCAUCGUGCCGCGUGAGCGCCCCCCUCUCUUCCGGCAGUUACUGCACGGAAUGGCCUCUCUGGACCUGCCAUACCGCUGUCCUCGCUGCGGGGAGCACAAGCGCUUCCGAAGCCUGUCGUCCCUACGCGCCCACCUGGAAUACAACCACACGUAYGAGACCCUCUACGUCCUGUCCAAAUCUAACAGUGUGUGUGACGCCGCUGCUCUGCUGCCCCUAGUGGCUGAGGGGGCCCUCCUCACGCCCGCCAACAACAACGACCCGUUCGAGCCGCUCCGGCCCUCGGCUUUAAACGAGCGACGCUUUCCCUGCAGGGAGCUUCCUUGUGCGGACGACCUGAGCGUGACCCCGGCUAACUCCAACUCUGCAGCCAGGUAYAUUCCAAAUGUGGAGUUCCCACUGGGGGAGCUUUUCAUGAAAAAAGCAAUGACAUCYRCCGAUCCGGGCCCCCAUGGAAACCCCAGCACAGCUGUAGCUGUGGCAGCGAAUGUGGCAGCCAGUGCUGUAGAGGCUGCCUACGAGGAGGGCCUGGCCAGGCUGAAGGCGCGGGCGUUUGAACGGCUGGAGCUGGAUGAGAGGCUGGAGAAGCUGUCAGAGGAGGUGGAGCAGAAAAUAGCGGCCCGUGUAGGCCGUCUCCAGGCGGAGCUGGAGAGGAAGAGCUCUGAGCUGGAGCGGGCCAAGCAGGAGAGCGAGCGGCUGAGCCAGGAGAAACAGGACCUGGAGGACAAGGCCUCGGAGCUGUCUCGGCAGGUGGACGUCUCUGUGGAGAUGCUAGCUAACCUCAAGCAGGACCUGGUGAACAAGGAGGCGGAGCUGAACCACAAACAACAGGAGGUUGCCCAGAUCGACCACUUCCUUCAGGAGACGGCGGCACGUGAAGCUAAUGCUAAGGUGCGUCUGCAGCAGUUCAUCGAGGAGCUUCUGGACCGCGCCGACCGCGCUGAGAAACAGCUGCAGAUCAUCAGCAGCUGUGGCACCACGCCAAACGGCAGCCUGGGACGCUGCAGUCUUCAGGCAUCAAAAGGAACCGGACGUCAGCAGAGAAACUCCAGCAUCUCUGGGAGCACGAGAGGGAUGUACCAAGUGUCAGAGAGACGUUCCUCCCCCAGCACAGGAGCCUCAGGAAGGAUGAAAUCUGCCUCGCAGGGUUCUGGUGGUUACGACAGCGACAGUGUGGAGAUGCAUCCCAUGGAGGAGUGUCCCGAGGCGCAGUACUAUCACAUGCAGUGCCGGCUGGGCGAGGGGGGUUACGAGCGGUCCCCGGGGUGCGGGUCGAGAAACUGGGGGCUUCGUAAGCAGGCCAUACAGAACUGGCAGCGKCGGCCCUACAGGAACAGCACGGAGGGCGAGGAAGGAGAUGUGUCGGACGUGGGCUCCCGGACCACAGAGUCUGAGGUGGAGAUGUGGGAGCAGGAGAGGAGAGCCGUGGCUGAGGUCCAGCAGUCAGCACCACCCUACCCUCACCACGGCAGAGGAGCGUACCGCCCUAACGCAGGUCGGUCUGAAGCGGUCUACAGCAAGCCAUGCCGCCACGAAAAGAGCCCUUCGAAAUCCAACGAGGUGAUCAGUCCAGAGAUCCUGAAGAUGCGCGCGGCCCUCUUCUGCAUCUUCACCUACSUGGACACGAAAACCCUGCUUCGAGCCGCCGAGGUGUGCCGCAACUGGAGGUUUGUGGCCCGUCACCCAGCCGUGUGGACCAGGGUGCUGCUAGAAAACGCUCGCAUUUCUUCCAAGUUCCUGAGCACGUUGUCUCAGUGGUGCACUCAAACACACUCACUCAUCCUGCAAAACCUUAAACCAAGACAGCGGGGCAAGAAGGAAGCCAAGGAGGACUACCUUAAAAGCACACGUGGCUGUCUGGAAGAAGGUUUGGAGGCGUUGUUAAARGCCACAGGAAGUAGCCUGCUGAUACUGAAGAUUUCACACUGUCCCAACCUGCUGACCGAUCGCUCCCUGUGGCUGGCCAGCUGCUACUGCCGGGCCCUCCAGGCCGUAACCUACAGGAGUGCUACAGACCCGGUUGGCCAGGAGGUGAUCUGGGCCCUCGGGGCAGGAUGUAGAGACAUUAUUUCUCUGCAGGUGGCACCCUUACAUCCAUGUCAACAACCUGCCCGCUUCAGUAACCGCUGCUUGCAGACGAUUGGAAGGUGCUGGCCUCACCUCCGUGCUCUYGGUGUGGGUGGAGCAGGAUGUGGGAUUCAGGGACUGGCCUCACUGGCGAGGAACUGCAUGAGGCUGCAAGUGUUGGAGCUGGACCAUGUGAGUGAGAUCAACCAGGAGGUGGCAGCAGAGGUUUGCAGAGAAGGCCUGAAAGGUCUGGAGAUGUUGGUGCUUACCUCCACACCGGUCACCCCGAAAGCCCUGCUCCACUUCAACAGUGUUUGUCGCAGCCUCAAGUCUAUUGUGGUUCAGAUCGGUAUAGAAGACUACUUUGAGGACCCCAGUAGUCCAGAAGCUAGAAAACUGUUUGACGAGAUGGUUAACAAGCUGCAGGCUCUGAAAAAGAGACCUGGCUUCUCCAAAAUUCUCCACGUGAAAGCAGACAGCCUCUGCUAACAUCUUUCGUUCUUCUCCGAGACGCUGAGAGGUAGCCCAAGUCAGUCAGAAGGACGCAGCUAAAGUUUGAGCUGACGCCCGAGAAGGGGUUGAACGCAUCGGYUAACACAAACGACACAACAUCGUAAAUAAAUGUGGACAUUCUGGGAGAACAAAUGUGAAAAAUUAAAACAAAAAUUUGACAAAUAUUUCCCUAAAGGUCAGUGGGACCAUAAGACCAACAGAGGCAAUUUUUAAUCGAAAAGAAGAAUAUUUAAACUUUGCAAACUGAAGAGGCUCAUCAGCUUUGUUUCAAACCGUAAAAAAAGAGAAUGAGGUUAGUGACACUGGACCUGUUGACCAAGCUGCUUUUUUUACUGUCAGCAUUUAUAUGAUUGCUAAUUAAGGAACAAUUCACUGAAAAGAACAGGAACUUUCCACAGACGUACAUAAAACCCCAGAUUCUCAAGGAGCUUCGUGUCUGAGUGAGUGAUGGAGUGAGUAAAAAAUCCCAACUUGUCCUGCACUUAUAUACGGUUAAACUGGGUAAAAAAAAACCUUGUGAACACUUACUGCUUCCACCCAACGCUGAGUUCUGCUACACUGUGGAGUGAAAUAAACGCAGCUUCUCUGUGACACACAGAUCUCGUCUUCUUGACAGUUUGCAUGGAUGGGGCAGCAGCAACGCCUUUGAGAACCGUCCUCUGCUUCCUCCAACUGCGACCGUGUCCCUUACAAUCCGGUGAUUAAUUUGGAUCUUUGUUGUAUCUCUGGACCUCAAYGUGUCAGAGGACAGGAUGCAGUAUUCGAUGUUCCCUGUGCCAUUUGUUAUAAUGUCUGUCCUUAUUCGAGAGAGCAUUUUCUCUGAUGUGCCAUUAAUGCAAAGAGACAAGGACCAGCAAGGCAGACGUUUGGUCACUUCAGUGACAAAAAAAAAAGAAGAAUCACUUGAGUUUUAUUUAAAGGGAAAGCAGCUCUAAAUAAAAGUGUCGUGUUUCAUAUAGAACAAAGUUUCCAGGUGUGUACAGGUGUUGUAGUGUUUGUAUAUUGCCUGAAUUUUCAUACAGAACAGUGCCAUUCCAAUCAGCAGGGCUAUUUAUUUUUAAGUUACCCUCAUCAACCUUCUGGCUCCCCCUGCUGGUGACGCUGCUCCACAGCUGGCACCCCAUCAGCCUAAUGGCCCCCCUUUAACAGUGCAGGACAAGUAUUUGCAUUACAGUACAAGACUCAAACCCAGUCAUCAAAUCUAGAAACUGAUUUGGCUGCAGAUAUUUUUUUUUUUGUAAUUUUGCAGAAAUUCUAACAAAAUAUAAUUAGCAAUAUGCCCACUGUUGUGACACUUGGAAACGACUCGGCAUGUUGUGAGUUAUGCAGCACGGCUCAACUCGUGUUUGAGAGAAUAACGCUAUUGAUCCUGUUGGUUUUCUCAGCUCAGAGACCAUGAAAACGUGUGUUUACCGCUCAACGACUUUACCAAACACAUCACGGAGAAUCAGAGUCCCCCAUUUUAAUAAUGUUUAAAUUAUUACUACUAUUUUUAAUUUUAACACGUAUUUCAACUCCGUCAUGGACCAAAAAUAGUAAUUUAAAAAAAAAAAUUUAUAUUAUUCUGGUGCGCAAUUUUUUUUAAGUGUCUUUAUCAAGUCCCCUUAGAGUUGUGGUCAGAGGUUUACAUACAUUCAUCAUGGAUUAUGCAGCAUCCAAGUGCGGUGGUUUUUGAGUGCACAAGUUGGAAUUUAUUGUAGAUUUUCUUGCCUUUUUCACAUUAAAACACAUCCAAGGACCUUCAGUUGUGCAAAGGUUUCGAUGGUUUGUGUGUAUUUUGAUGCCUGAUUUAUUCUAUCAUAGAACGUGAACCAUUGAAAUAAAUCAUUGAAAUUAUGAUACCCUUCUUGUCCAUGGUGAGUGCAGGUGAACCUCUGUCUGCAGAUGUUUUUGUGAAAGAGCAAUAUUCCUUCAGCUUAUUUAUUUUUGCUGUGACUGAAAAGAAAAAUGCACACAUGCACAUCUAGGUAAAAAAAAAUCAACCACACGACUUAUUGUUGUUUCCUUCAUUUCAUGGCACAAAUAAAGCUUUUAUUUGUUUACAGAAUUUGGUGCAAAUAAGCAAAAUUACAGUUUCUUGAAAAGGCUUUAGGAUAGAAAAAACAAAUAAUGAGAUGUGUAACAGUGUUCUCUACAGAUGAUUGUCCGUUUUUAUAAUUUUAGUUUGUUUAUUUAUUUCACUCUGGUUUUGGUUUAACUGAAGGAAUAAAUUUAUGGGAAUGGARUGCAAUGUUGCUGACACUGUAGAGGAAAAAAACACAAAGCACUUGUUGAUUUUGAGUUUUCGACAAUCCCUGCGUUUCGUUAUCAGCUACUCUGUACAUAAUGUUUGUAGAAAAUGAAAACCAAUGAAGAGGAGAAAAAAAAGACCAACAUGUGAUGUUGAGAUAAUAUAUUAAUGUCUGAGUGGCCGAGCUGAAGUUUUAGAGAUCAUUCAGUAGGACUUCUCACCUCUGGGGCGUGGAAUGAAUGACAAACAUAGAGAAAUAUAUUAUGUAUAACAGUAGUGUUGACAUUGAAGUUGUGUACUUAGAUACUUUAUAUUAAAUGUGCAUCAGAUUCAUAUAGAGAUGGAGAUUAUUUAAGAAAAGGAUAAUUCAGCUAUUUAUUUCUUUAAAAAAAAAGAAAAAAAGAGCGCUGUGUAUAAUGUUGGCAUGUUUGUGUUCAUGCAUCAAACAUUGAGUUGCCUUCUUAACUGUUCUGCUAUUGUGGCAAGAAAAUUAUUAGAUGUUUAACGAGCUUUGAUUGCCUGCAGGUUAAUAAUACCUUUUUCAUUUGACCCYGUGUGUUGUUGCACUAUAGAGGAACAAAUAAUAAAAAAGAGAUGUUUAUUAUAAA